CAACGAGAGGCACGUUCAGUCGUCCGGACCCGCUCGGUCGGUCUAAAACAGUAUCGGGUACCUGAUCCGUAUUCCUCGUGGCUCUGUCAGGUCUUCAGUCGUGAUAAUUCUCGUCCUAUUUGUGCGUUAAUACGAGAGAACUCGUACGACGGAUACAAGGAUACGUCGCGACGUACAGGAUGACCCGGUGGAAUCGUUACUGAAUCCACAUCGAUUUUUCGCGAGGACAGGUACUCAGAAAUGCGUUGGUUUCGCGGCCACGCCGAGGCGCCGAGACUCUUAAGCCUAAGUCCUCUUCAAGCCGAUGAAGACCUUGACGGAGCAUCUUACCACUUUCAUGCGACGUCUCGGUACAGAGACAUGUCCCCCGUGCGAUGGGCUCGCCGGAAGUCGUCAAGUUCCGAGUCGGAGCGGAACUGCUACAACGUGCAGACAUCGCAAGUGACGACCGAGCGGACCCCCACCAAGAAAGACAAGAAAAGAAUCCAAGAAGAGAGACGAAGAAUUUGCGAGAAACGCAAUCCUCUUCUCGACCGCGUAAAGAACACCAGGUUGAGCUUCUUCAAGGACCGCGACUCCGACGACGACGAACAGGAAGACGAAGAGGAGGACGAGGAGGAUCCUGAGAAGCUGCAGUUCCGUUCCAUGUGCGAGUUGGACCAACAUGGCCUCACCAGAAACGAGUUCCGUAGGUCUGUCUGCGAGUCGGAUCUGAAAGACAUCAUUGAGGAGGAGAAGACUCAAGCUAAAAGGAAAAAGCGUUCAAAGUCUCAGAGUAGGCUACCUUACAGAAAGCACCAAGAAGAUCGUUUCUCUUUCUUGGGCUUUCGUCCUCCUCCCGGUCAGAAGGCUUUGCCAAAAGACCGCAUCAUUGAAAACAGCGAUCCCCAAAACCGCAAGUGGAGGAAGAGCAAAGAGCUCGUCCCGGAGCAAACCUCGAGGUCCGUGGACCCUGAGGUGUCCACCAGCGUGGAGGAGCCUGCGUUCAAGGACGGCACUCAGUUCGACAGCAUAACGCCGUCCAGCUGCUUGGCGGCCAAGUUCCGCGCGAUGCAGGACAGGUACUUGAAGAGCUCCACCAGCAAGCUGAUCGCCAAGAUCUACAAGAAGGACGCGAAGGACAGAGAGCGACGAAGACUGAGGAGCUUCUCGUACGGGACCUUGCCGGGUCUCGAGGAGCUCAGAACGAACCCGCUGUACGAGGAGCAGGACCAGGACGACAACGACUCCGGAAUCCUGGACAACGACUCGGCCACCAGCUCCCUGCUCGACGACAGAUGCAGCAGUAGUGCUUCCGGGUUAUUGACGGGUCUCAACGACUCGUCCUUGAGCUCACCGCCACAGCUGCCACCUAGGAAGCCUUCGUCUUCCAUCGUGGACGUCGAGAGGACCGCCAGGCUGUUCUCCAGUUUGGAUAUGUACUGCAGCAGGAACGAGGGCAGGGGCUGCAGGAGGGACAUGUCCAGGGUGAGUGCUCUCGAGGACUCCUCCAGCCAGAUCUGCCAGGCUGCGAACAACGAGCUGAUCAACCGCGAGGACAAAUCGCCGGACAGGAAGGACGUCAUGGAGAGACUCAACAGCGAAUCUGUGGGAUCUGAGAGCGCCAGAUUACCCGUGGUCAGGAAUAGGUCCUAUGCUACUGAGACGAUGGUCGUCAAGCUGCCUAGGGAGAGCUCUGAUCAGUGUUUAGGGAUUUUCAUCGCUAAAACGGCGGAGUCGAGUCCAGGAUACCUGGUGGCACACGUGGUGCCUAAUGGUCUGGCGGAUAAGGAAGGUACCUUGAGGAUAGGGGACGAGAUCCUGAUCGUAAACGGUAAAAGACUGCGGGGGCUGAGCAUGGUGGAGGCUAGGAGGAUCCUUGGCAGCGGUAGCGGACCCGGUGACGUCGACAUCGUGGUCUCCAGGUAUACUGCUAUGGAUCAGACCCAGAAGAAGCUGACGGAGAGCAGCGUCGAUUAUGAGAACGUCCAUAUGGAGAACGGACAUGGGACUAUCUUGGAGAAUUCACCCAGAUCGCGGUUCAGGAAGCGUCAGAGCAAACAUCGUGAUAAGAGGAACGAGUGUAAUAGGUCCAACUCCUCGGAGAAGAGUGUGGUGAAUGUGGAUAAUGGGUCGCAGAGUGUUUCGAAUUUUUGCACGUUGCCCAGGAGGCCGAGGAGCACCGUCUCCACGUUCAUGACGGUGGUGUUCCAGAAGGGUCCUGGAAAGAAGUCUCUGGGCUUCACCAUCGUGGGGGGGAGCGAUAGUCCUAAAGGGAGCAUCGGUAUCUUUAUUAAAUCGGUAUUGCCCGGGGGGCAAGCCGCGGAAGAUGGCCGUUUGCGUGCAGGGGACGAGAUUUUGGCAGUGAAUGGCCACGUUUGUCACGACUUGACGCACAGAAAAGCUGUCCAGCUUUUCCGUAAUAUUAAAACCGGACCGGUUGCCUUACAUCUUUGCAGACGCAUUAAAAACAAGGAACUACAAACAACGAAGGCUAAGUCGUGCGCAGACCUCUUGCUCGUCGACGCGUGAAGCAACAUUGUACAAGAAGAUUGUAUAAAGCAGAAGAGAACUCCAUUACCGUUGUAAAAAAUGAUUUCGGGACCUGUACAUACUGUAAAUUUGUAAAAUUUCAU